GGAGUUGUUUCAGCCGGACGCUUUUGAGCGCUGAACACAACAUGGAGGAAAAUGGCAACUUGCAGAGAAAGAAGGCAUGAUAGCAGUAUAUAUCGCCGAAUUUAGGCCAAACCAUGCGGUAUUAAUCCAUUUUUGAGCAGUGAACAUACUGACAAUCAGCUGCAGGAAGGUCUGAGAUCGGCCUGGGAAGAUGUUUUUCCUCCGGCGGAGUCUGUGGCUUCUGCCCAGGACUCAGCUUUGCUCUGUGUCCCGUCAGAGAGUCCAUAAACUUGCUUCGCUGCAGAAAGCCACAGCACUUUCGCCAAAGAAAGUCAAAAGCUUACUUUACCCCUUUAAAGAGCUGGAGGCGUACCUGGACAGGUCUAUAGACCGGACGCCGUUCCAGCACUUCCAUCCCAGUUUGGAGGACAUGAUUAGAGCAGAAAAGCUGUUCUGCUCCUCACCGUCUCAUAAGAUUGAUUACUACACCUCUGCAGAGAGGCUGGACCACGUGCCUGCACUGACGCAGCCAGAGGUGUGUUUUAUCGGAAGAAGCAACGUGGGCAAGUCGUCUCUCAUCAAAGGUCUGUUCUCUCUGACUCCUGAGGUCGAAGUCAGAGUCUCCAAAACUCCUGGUCACACAAAGAAGAUGAACUUCUUCAAAGUGGGCAAAGCUUUCACCAUCGUUGACAUGCCUGGGUAUGGACACAGAGCACCUAGUGACUUUGUGGACAUGGUGGAGCCGUACCUCUACUCAAGGAAAAAUCUGGUGAGGACGUUCCUGCUGGUCGACGGCAGUGUUGGUCUUCAGAAGGCCGACCUGAUCGCCCUGGAGAUGUGUGAGGAGACGAGAUGUCCGUAUGUGCUGGUGGUGACAAAGAUCGACAAAUGUGGACACGGAGCUCUGCUGACGAACUUGAUGAAACUUCAUGAUUUGGUUAAAACGGAGACGACGAGCUGCUUCCCUCAGCCGUUCCUGGUCAGCUCGCUCCACUUCUGGGGAAUCUACCUCCUGAGAUGCUUCAUCACCCACGUGACGGGGAGCAUCAGUUUAAAGGACACUUCGCACUAACUAACUGAGACGAAUUGUGACUAUUUAACCUCGACGUACGAUAUAUCCACGUUAGGUCUACAGAAAAAGGUUUCAGAGGCUUUUAUUUUUUAAUAAAUGGUUAUUUAAAACUUC